AUGGGAGAGACGGAAGGUGAAGUCGGUGCAGCCGAUACGCGACCAUCUGAGGAGACCGAAUCGACUCCUGUACAGGAUACGUUAGCGGUCCCGGUGCAAAAACGUCGGAAAGUGAAAUCGCCAACUCCUGGUACGCUGCGCGGUCGCAGCGCUACACCCAUACGCGGCAGGAGUCAAACCCCGUUCUCGCUAUACCUGAAUCGUCGCAGCGCUACGCCUUCGACAUGGCGCAGCAUAACGCCUUUCUUGAAACGCGAGGAGCGCGAGAAAACUCCUUUCGAACUUGGCAGGGAUAUUAAAACUCAAAUCACCUGCAAUAAAGCCGUUUUUGAUCGAGCAUUGGUUAUGGAUAUUACAGAGAGCGAGGAAGUUCAAAAGCCUGUGCGUUACAUAACGACCGAUUUGUCUGUCAUUGAUCGUGCUGCCGUAAUGGAUGUAUCGAAUGUUGAGGUUAUCUACUUGAUUGAGGAGUACGAGGAUGUCGAAGAGGAGGAGGAAAUCAUAGAGGAGGUCAAGCCGAAGAAGAAAGCCAAGGGCAAGAAGGCGCGCACACCACGCAAGUCAGUAGAAAAGGAUGCAAGAUCCGGCUCUAUUUCGGAAGCUGAAGCGGAGUCCGGUGAUAUUGAAAGCGCCGACCGAGAGGAGAGUAUCGAGCCGGAUGAAUUCGAUGAGCCUGUAAAGAAGGGCAAAAAGAAGGCUGCGCCUAAGAAAAAAGAAAAGAAGGAGAAAUCGCCCAGUCCCAAGUUGACCUUGAAAUUGGAAAUGGGCGGCGGUCAAAAGGCCAGUAAGAAAAUGUUUGAGGAAAAACAGGCCGCAGGACCUGCACCCAAGCCACCACCGAAGAAGAGUAAGCUUGUCUUGCAAAUGGAGGAGCAGGCCAAGGCAGCGGCUAAAGCUGCCGAAGAUGCAGCAGCUAAAGCAGCUUCUAAGCCCAAAGGCGAAACUUUUGCUGAGCGCCAGGAACGCUUGAAGAAGGAGAAAGAGGAGCAGGACCGCAUUGAAGCAGAGUUGGCCGCGCAGCGGGCAGCCGAACAGGCUGAGGAGGACGAGGAGCCAGAAGAUGAGGGCGGCGAAGAAGAGGACGAAGAGGGUGAUGAAUCACACGCUGGCACUGAGUCCGAAUAUCGGGACGAAGAUGCAGACCCAGAGGAGGGUGCUGACGCUGAGGCGGAGGAAGAGGAUGUGGUACCUGAACUGCCUAAGAGCAAGAAGCGCCGUGGCAGCAAUUCAUCUGAAGAGUUCACCAGACCCAAUCCCUACGAUGAGGAACGAUGGCAGCGAAUCGCCGCGGAAGAGGGUGAGGAGUUUAUGCAACAAAUGCGCAAAUACAGUUUGCGCAUACACAAGAGCGAGAAGGAACGUGAUGCCGAAUGGCAGCGUAUACGCGAGCAAGCACGUUUGCCACAUUUCAUUGUCUACUUAACGGAUCGUACCGUUGAAGCUGGCCAUAAUGUGCGUAUUUCUUGUGCUGUCGGCGGUCCCGAGUUGUCGGUGAAAUGGUUCAAGGAUGGUCGGCAAUUGGAGCGUGAUGCCACACAUCGCAUCAUCAACAACAACAACAUUUUGGCAUUGGAGGUGGUAAAUACGACGAUUUUAGAUUCCGGCGAGUACACCUGUGUAGUGGCGAAUUCCAACGAUACCGUUCAGUCGUCUUGUUAUAUAACAAUCUAUGAGAUAUUCAAGGAUGAACCAGCACCUCCUUCAUGCAAGCUCGUCAAAGAGUACUACCAUUUGCGUGACGAUGAGCUCACAAUAGAGUGCCACUUACACGGCGUGCCACGUCCAGUUGUCGUUUGGAUGAAAGGUGGCCUCGAAAUCAAGCCGAGUUACAAGUUUACCAUGCUUGAGGAGGCACAUGGCACCUACAAGUUGCUAAUCUACAAACCGAAUGAUAGGGAUAGCGGUAGUUAUAUCUGUAAGGCAGUGAACUCCAGCGGCGAAGUGCAAAUUAGCCAUCACGUCGAAGUGGCCAAAAAUAGACAUUUCCAUGCGCGCGGCAUCUUCCACGCUCGCGAUCGUCUACAAAAGGACAAGGAGUUGUCGGCAAAGAAAGCCAUGACGGAGGCGCUCAAAUCAAAAGCCGCCUCAGACCUUAAGCGCACCUCACUAGCGGCUGAGGCAAGGGAGCGCGUACAUCGCGCGUCACCCGAGCCAUUGGUUUCGCCGAAGCAAAAACUCACAUUCGCCACACAACUGCGCGAUCGCAUGGCACUGGAAGGAAGCACUGUGCGCUUCGUGUGCACUGUCAUUGGACCGAGCCCCAGCUGUCGCUGGAUGAAAGAUGACAAGUGGGUGGUGGCUGGUCCCACUGUUAAGAAUCUAUCCGAGGAAGGCAAGGCCAUACUUGAGGUGAGCAAGGUUACAUCCGAAGCAUCAGGCGUGUACAAGUGUGUGGCCAAGAACGAACAUAGCGAAGUUGAAACGCAGUGCUACUUCAAGGUGUACAGUGCACAGGCUGAUGGCGAUGAACAGGAGCCAAUGUUCGCACUACCACUCAGAGAUGUAUACCACUCGUCGCAGAACGAUUUAAUUAUCGACACGAAGGUGCGCGGCAACCCCCGCCCCAAGAUUACAUGGGUAAAGGACAAUUUACCAGUUGUGCUCGAUGAUCGUCGCGUACAGAUCGAGCAUUUGGACGGUAUCUGUGAGCUGAUCAUUAACAAGCCAACAACGAAUGAUAGCGGUGUGUACACUUGCAUAGCUGAAAAUAAAUUGGGCAGCCAGAAGACCACACACACAGUUGUUGUAGAAGUUGUGCAAUUGUCGCGUCGUUCGAGUUUAUUGUCCAACGUAAUGACCGAAUCGGAUAGCGAAGCUGGCGCUGGAGAAGCGGCUGGCCAAAAGGGUGAGAAGUCCGAAAAGCGCAGCCGUCUUCCAAAAUCCAAGAAGAAGGAUGACGACGAAGCUGAGUCAGGCACCUAUGAGCGUCGCAGUCGCAUUCCCGAUCCCACACCAAAGCAGCAAUUGUACUUCAUUGCGAAUCUAUCGAAUCGCUAUGUAGCCGUGGGCUCUAAGGUUAAACUGCAGGCAGUUGUCGGCGGUCCAGAUGCCACUUUCAAGUGGCAGAAAGAUGAACAAAAUAUUACCUAUGGACCACGCAUACGCAAUAUGAGCCGCGAGGGUUUGGCCUGCUUGGAGUUCCUGAAUCUUGCGCCCGAAGACUCUGGCGUCUACACUUUGACAGCGCAAAAUGAAUUCUGUAAAAUAACCACCUCGGCCUUGAUACACGUUUACUCGCCGAAGGUCAGCAGCGAUGUGGAGCCGAUGUUUACGCGCUCACUGAAAGAAAUCUAUCAUCUGAAUACAAAUGAAUUAAUCUUGGAGACGGGAGUACGUGGCCAGCCUGCGCCGCAGGUAACAUGGUCUAAGGAUAAUUUCGAAAUAAAAACUGGUGGACGUUUCCAAAUUUUGCAACACCAGGAUGGCACUUGCGAAUUGAUCAUUGAUAGACCCGAUAAAAAGGACUCCGGCAAGUAUGUGGUGCGCGCGGAGAAUAGCGCUGGAAAGAGUGAAAUUUUGCACACGGUGCUUUUUGAGGGUAGUGCUUCUCAUAUCGCUGAGAAUAUCCAUGGUGUAUUCCAUGCUGAUAAGAGCCUGUUGCGUCCCAAGGCAACAGAGGAAGAGAAGAAGCCAGCACCAACAGCGACAGCAGCCAAAGAAGGUGAUACGACCGAUGGUGAAUCGGAAGAGAAGGACGCAAAAGGCAAAGGCAAGAGUAAGGUUAAGCGAGCAAAGAAAGAGGAGGAAGAAGUUACCUCAUCGGCAACCGAGUAUGCCUCGGAUGCUGGUAGUCUUAAGAAACGUGAAAAGGUUAUCGGCAUACAUUUCGCUACAUCUGUGCGUGAUCGUGUUGUAGCUGAGGGUUCUAAAGUGAAGAUAUCUUGCUUCUUAGAAUCGAAGGAGCCACAAGUUAAAUGGUUCAAGAACGACGAAGCCAUUCAGAAUGGCCCUAAAAUUAGGGGACGCUACAGUGAAGGCUUAUGCCUGCUGGAAAUAUUCAGCGCUACGGCUGAGGACAGUGGUGUGUACAAGUGCUGGGCGCGUGAUGAAACUGGCGAGGCUUCCACCUUCUGCAAAUUGGAAGUGUAUGCCGAUCCCGGCACUGGCGAUGUACCGCCCACAUUCACGCGCAACAUCAAAGAUACCUAUCAUGGCAAGAUCAAUGAGCUACAGCUGGACGUGCAUGUGCGUGGUCUACCCACACCAACUGUGACUUGGGUUAAGGAUGGCGUUAAAAUUGAAUCAAGCGAAAAGUAUCAGCAAAUCGAUCACGACGAUGGUCUAUGCGAGCUAUUCAUAAUCGAUCCAGUACAGGGCGAUAGUGGCAAAUAUGUGUGUCAGGCUGAAAAUCGUGAAGGAAAAACUGAGAUUACUCAUAUUGUGACCGUGGAACCCAGACGUCGACGUCCGGUGUCGCCACCGAAGGAGGCUAGACCACCAGUGAAGCCAGCAACAGAGGAGGAGCAGAAAGAGGGCGAGGAGGGUGAAGAGAAGAAAAAGAAGAGGAAGGCUAAGGACGAUGAGGAGGGUGGCGGUGGUGGCAGACGUGAAGCGCCACCACCACCAGAUCUAAAGAAAUAUCUAUACCUGAGAAAUUUCCUCUCAAAUCGUACCGUGAAGGCGGGCAGCAACGUUAAAUGGAUGGUCAAUAUCGAUGGACCUGAGCCAACUGCACGUUGGUUCCAUGGCGAUACGCCCAUCGCUUUUGGACCAAAAAGCAAACUGUCCUGCCAGGAUGGUAUUGCAUGGUUGAAUUUGAUAGGCGUAACCGAAGAAGAUGCUGGCCAAUAUACACUGCGCAUCAAAGGUUCGGAGAAUGAGGUGGUUAGCACUUGCGAACUAUUUGUCUACAGAACCGGUGUGGAGGAGUUGGUGGCGCCCGUUUUUACUGUGGGCAUCAAAGAUACUUAUACGAUUAACGAGAAUACACUGGUUCUGGAUUGCCGUGUACGCGGUAAACCACGUCCCGAUGUACAAUGGUUGAAGGGCACCGAACCGCUCACCGAAGGCGAUCGCUAUAACAUUAUCACAUCUGCAGAUGGCCAUACUAAAUUGAUUAUUAACAAUCCAACCGAGAAGGAUUCCGGUCUCUAUGCUUGCGUUGCCCGCAAUGAAGCUGCCGAAAAUAAGAUCACUCACCAAGUCGACUUCGUUGGUCGUGAACGUUUCGCACUCGAGAAGACACACGGCUACUUCCAUCGCGAUCCCAAUAAGCCACACUUUAGUGUACCGCUCAGCAACCAGACGGUUUGUGCCGGCGGUACAGUUGCCAUUUCGGCUGAGUUCAUGAAAUCAUCCACACCACUGGAGGUACAUUGGCUACGAGAUCGUAAAAAUGUCUCUUCCCUGCCGGGCGUACAAACAUUUAUGGAAGGUGGCGUCUAUACACUGGCCAUAUUAAAUGCACAACCCGAAGUCGAGGGUACGUACACAUGUCGUGCCUCGAAUGCCUUCGGUCGCAUUGAAUCACAUGUGAGUGUUGAUGUGGCUGCCGGUGUACCGAAGGAUGAACGUCCACCGUUGUUCCUGUCCAGACCAGAUACCGAAAUGAAGAUUUUAGUUGGUGAUCCAUUCUCGAUUUCGUUCCGUAUUGCUGGCGACCCGAAACCAAAAUUAUCCUUCUUGAAGGGCACUAAGGACAUAACCAAAUCAGAUAGAGUUAGUAAGGAGGUAUCGGAUGACUACACCAGAUUUACAGUGCAAAGUUCACAAAUCGCCGAUUCGGGUACAUACUUUGUCGUUGCGCGCAACAACUUCGGCACCGACAGAGUAUUUGUGACUGUUGCGGUAAUGCCACGAGCACGCUCCGAAACGCCGACCUCGCCACGCUGGGGACAGCGACUCGAAAGUUUCCCUGACGUUUCAUAUUUCAGAGAUUUUUCAAAAGGGCUUUAUGGAUUUGAAUUUGUUUUGAUUUCGUUUACAGAUUUGAACUUCUCAAAAAAUUAUGAUUUCCAAAAAGUGUAUUUAAAUUUCUUUAGUAUUCCAAUUGAAAAAUUGCAUCUUUUACUUUUUUAAAAAAUAUUUUGUUACAAUUGUAUUUACAAUAGUUUGUAUACGGUUUCUGUUCAAUUAAUUUAGAAAAUGGUUAAAAUCAUAUCCAUCUUAUACAUUUAGAUACAAGAACUAUAUAAAAAUAAAUAAAAAUGUUUCUCCGG